AUGUCCCACGUCCCACCAACCGAGUCCAAUCUCAAUCCAGAGGAACCUAAAGCACCAGCCCCUGCACCUCAGUUCCAGCAAUUCCAAUCUCAAUCCAAAUUACUACCAAUUCCAAUACAAAUCGAAGAAGGUCUGAACCGCUUACGCAAAGAGUAUGCUACAGCUCCAAUUGAGAGAAAGUUGUUGCUAAAUUCAGACAAAAAUAAUGUUUAG